AUGUUGUCGCUGAUGAAGUUUUUUGAUGAACUCAGAGUCCAUCUUCAUUCGCUGCCUUUGAAAUCUCGUCCCGACGUUGCGGAUCGUAUUCGUGAAGCAGUGCGGCAACAUUGCCGAGAACUACGUGUAUCUCGAACAGCUCCGCUUAACAAAUAAAUGGAAGGAGAGAUGCAAACUUUAAUUUUUACAGUAAUCGAAAAUGCGUGUGUGGCUCGUGAAGCGGAACUAUGGAGUUUCAUUGACGUUGCCGCGGAAGUUGCAUUAGAUGGAACCCCUGAUUCUGAUGGAGGAGGCUCGAGUAGUGACAGUAGUGGAAGUGGAAGACGACCGAGACGCAUCCACACUUUUCAUGGAACCACUGGGCCGUCGGACGAUCAUGCUCCAUCGACAUCGGGCAAAGAAAAAUCGUCAAUCCGAAGGCACACAACAGUACCACGUAUGAGUGUGAGCCAAGAUAAUGCUCCUGGUGAUAGAAGCGAUGAAGAGGAUGAACGAGUUGAGUUGAGCGAAGAACGUCGCGAACAACUUGAAGUCGAUGAGAAGACGCAUCGCUUACCUGUAAGAGUUAGUAUAGAUUGGAUAAAUCUAAGUGAUCUCUAG